CAAAACGAUAAACUUCAUAUGCUGUAACAUUUUUAAAUGGAUGAAUCCAUUAAUGCAUGAUCAUCCCUUGAAAUUGGAAGUACAAACAUGAUCACUACAUCCCCAUGUCCAACAUGUAAAGUUGUUGUUACCUCAGUACCUCUCCCGUUGCGGGUACCACUGCCUCCGCCUCCGUCCCACACGUACUGUAAGGUUCUAACUUUGUUGUUCGCUUGUUAACUAACAGAAACCAAAUAACAAUUUCGGCAACCGCGACGGCAAGUCCUCCUCCCCUCCGUUCUCGUUUCGAGAAUGGCGCCGUUGUACGGUGCUCUAAGGAAACUAAGAAGCAGAAACAUACUCCAAUUCCCUUGCAUCUCAUGCUGUCGCAGCUUAGCUUCUGUCACCAAAUCCCACAAAACGCCACCUUUACUAUACCACGCAAACAAGAAGAUUUCACAUUUGAUUCGAAUCGGUAGAUUAAGCGAAGCCAGAGCACUUUUUGAUUCCAUGAACCAACGAAACACCGUUACUUGGAACUCGAUGAUGAGUGGUUAUGUGCAUCGCAGAGAGAUUGCCAAGGCACGGCAACUGUUCGAUGAAAUGCCCCAAAGGGAUAUCGUGUCUUGGAACCUCAUCAUUUCGGGUUACUUUUCAUGCCGCGGAAGUAGGUACAUUGAGGAGGGUAGGAAGCUGUUUGAUGAAAUGCAGGAACGUGAUUGUGUUUCUUGGAACACAGUUAUCAGUGGGUAUGCCAAGAAUGGGAGGAUGAAGGAGGCUUUGAAGCUAUUUGAUGCCAUGCCUGAGCCAAAUGUGGUGUCCUCCAAUGCUUUGAUCACUGGGUUUUUGUUGAAUGGCGAUGUGGAUUCAGCUGUUGAAUCUUUUAGGAGGAUUCCGGUGCGCGAUUCAGCUUCUUUCAAUGCGCUUAUAUCAGGGCUUGUGAGAAAUGGUAAGUUGAAUGUUGCUGCUAAGAUUUUGCAUGAAUGUGGGGAGGGAGAUGAUGGGAAGGAUGAUUUGGUUGCAGCUUACAACACCUUGAUCGCAGGAUAUGGCCAAAAAGGUAUGGUGGAAGAAGCUCGGUGCCUUUUCGAUGAGAUUCCAGAUUAUCAAGGUGAAGAUGGAAAUAAGAGCGAAAGGAGAUUCAGGAGAAAUGUGGUCUCAUGGAAUUCAAUGAUGAUGUGCUAUGUGAAAACAGGAGACAUUGUUUCUGCUAGGGAGCUCUUUGACAGGAUGACUGAGCGAGAUACUUGUACUUGGAACACCAUGAUCAGUGGCUAUGUUCAGGUGUCAGAUAUGGAAGAAGCUUCGAAGCUUUUCCUUGAAAUGCCAAGUCCUGAUGCACUUUCAUGGAAUUCAAUAAUAUCCGGGUAUUCACAAAAUGGUGAUUUAGGACUUGCAAAAGAUUUCUUCUUGAGGAUGCCCAACAAAAACCUGAUUUCAUGGAACUCUGUAAUAGCUGGCUAUGAAAAAAAUGAAGAUUAUAAUGGUGCUAUUGAGCUCUUUUCUCAGAUGCAACUUGAGGGAGAGAGGCCAGAUAGACACACUUUAUCAUCAAUUCUCAGUGUGUGUGCUGGAUUGGUGGAUCUCUACCUUGGUAAACAGAUCCAUCAGUUUAUCACAAAGAUUGUUCUUCCUGACAUGCCAAUAAAUAAUUCCCUCAUUACCAUGUACUCUAGAUGUGGGGCAAUAGCUGAUGCAUGCAUUGUGUUUAAUGAGAUGAAACUUUAUAAAGAUGUGAUCACUUGGAAUGCCAUGAUUGGAGGCUAUGCAUUUCAUGGCCUAGGUUCCGAGGCUCUGGAACUUUUUAAAGUGAUGCAGAGGCUUAAAAUUCACCCUACCUAUAUAACCUUUAUUUCGGUCUUGAAUGCAUGCGCUCAUGCAGGAUUAGUUGAAGAGGGGAGGAGGCAAUUCAGUUCCAUGAUUAAGGACUAUGGUAUCAAGCCAAGAAUUGAGCACUUUGCCUCUCUCGUGGACAUCUUGGCACGGCAGGGGCAGCUUCAGGAAGCUCUGGAUGUGAUAAAAAGCAUGCCAUUCAAACCUGAUAAGGCUGUGUGGGGUGCAUUACUUGGUGGUUGUAGAGUGCAUAACAAGGUAGAAUUUGCACAAGUAGCAGCUGAAGCUUUGAUCCGUCUUGAACCAGAAAGUUCAGCUCCUUAUGUGUUGUUAUAUAAUAUGUAUGCUAAUUUAGGGCAGUGGGAUGAUGCUGAGCGAGUGAGAGUGUUGAUGGAAAAAAAUAAUGUCAAGAAGCAGACAGGGUAUAGUUGGGUAGAUUCUUAAUCAUGCUACUGAUAGAGAUAAUCACAUUCAACUUAAAACAUUGUUAUUAUUGCAAGGCAGGAUAAACGAGUUUCUCUGCCUCUGGAAAGUAGAUAUUCAUCUAAGUAUUAGUUUGAUUGACAUGAAAGACAAAUAGCUUGGCUUCUGGCAAAUUUUCAGAGGUAACUGAGAGAUAUUUUCCAAAAUAGCAAUAACUGGUCUCAACUCAGAAGAUCGCUGGCAGCUUCCGGCAUCGCCUGCACUCGGAUUGUGUAGUACGGUUACAAGUGGAUGUGGCGCUGGCAAAUUAAUUUGAAGUCAUGAAUAAUGGCAGUAGGAAAGUAUUGCCUAUAUAAUAACAGAAAUAGCUGCAGUCUUCCCUUGCAAAGUUGAACAGCUACUAUCAUGUUUUUGUUAUGACUAUACCAAAUAAUUUGCAGUUGUCAAGAGAUUUAAGCUUCUCAAAAAUCUCGUGUGCAGCUAGCUAGGCAAUACGUAGAAUCUGGAUUGAAAAUAAAGCAUCAAGCUCUGAUGGAAAUUGACCUCAAGAACCCAUUUUGCACCUUAUGUUCAUAGAGAACCAAUGUUAAUAUUAGGCUUAAACAUACCUCAACAAUUUCUUUGUCAAAUGAAAAAUUCUGAUUGUUCAUUUUGAUAGAUGUAACGUGUUACCAGAUGUUAAUGUAAAUUUGCAUCAUGUUAAUGCUUGAUGGCGAAUUUACCAUACUUUUGCAUUGAAUUUAGGGGGUCAUUGGAGAAAUUUCUGAAUAAAUUUAACGUUAA